AUGCCUUCACCAUCAGACUCUAGCAGCGUGGCUUCAGCCUCGGGGUCUCGAGGCUGGUCGGACAGCCGCCGUGGCAUGUCAGGCCGGGGGCCAGGUGGUGCACGGCUGCUCCUGUACUUGGGGCUGUGCCACCUGGGCCUGGGUGCCAUGGUCUUGGCCUUCUCUUUCACCAGCAUGGCCUUCACCUCCUCAGCACGUGUGAGGCAGUCCUGCCCAUUCUGGGCUGGGUUCUUUGUGGUGGCAUCAGGGAUAGUUGGAAUAAUCUCAUGGAGACGACCUUUAACGUUGGUGGUGUCACUGUUCAUGCUGCUGUCUGCAGUGUGUGUGAUCCUCAGUCUGGCCGGCUCAAUGCUCUCCUGUCAGAAUGCACAGAUGGUCAAGUCCAUGCUCACCUGCCAGGUGGAGAAUGGUCUCUGUGUGUGUUGUGCUCACUCCUGCUCCAUCACAGAGGAGGAGGCCCUGGUGCUCUACCUGAAUGCUGACUGCCACUCAGUCAGACAUCAGCUGAAGGACCUUUUGUUCAGUGCAUGUGGUCUCAGCAUUCUUUCCACCAUCAUCUGUACUCUGUCCACUGUGACCUGCAGUAUCCACAUAUUCUCGCUGGACCUUGUGCACCUGUUGGCACCACAUCGCUCUCGCUCCGUCAACCCAGAGUGCACCACUCCUCAGGACGCCUUCCUGACGAACAUCAUGGACUUUGAGGAGUUUGUUCCACCCAUCCCUCCGCCCCCCUACUAUCCUCCUGAGUACACCUGCAGCUCUGAGACAGACGCUCAGAGCAUUACAUAUAAUGGCUCUAUGGAGAGCCCUGUUCCCCUCUACCCCACUGAUUGCCCCCCUCCUUAUGAAGCCGUGAUGGGACAAAGAGCUGCCAGCCAGGCAACAAUGUUCGACCCCCAUGGCACUGAGCUGUCUGGAGAGAGAGGAACGUCCACUGCCUUCAGCGGAGAGGUGUCCAUGGACAGUGGCUCUCUGUUGAUGUCAGAGAUUGUGGACAUCCCUGAUGAUUCCUCCCCUUCUGAGGACUCCUGUCUGAUGGAGGUGGGUCUGAGGUGCAACAGGACUGCUGGUGAGGGUGGAGAAGGGGGAGAUGGAGGGGAGCACUUCGGCUUCCGUGGUCCCCCGUCCCAAACACCAGAGAGUCCACUGGCAGGAGGACCAAGAGCCAGGCGCUUUCUCAGAGGAGAGAGGUCGAACUCCUGCUCUUCACCCAGCACAGCUACCACCACAUACAGGUCUCCAGUAUUGCGUCGCCAGGCCAUGCUGGCUAGUAGCUGCUCCCAGCUAGAAGCAAUAGGGGGCUCCUCCUCUCAACAGCAAUCCUCCAUCCCAGAGGUUCGAGUUCGCCCCUCCACUCCUUCACACCAAGGAGCUGGCACCGACUCCUCAGCUGCCCAUACUUCAUCGUCCUCAGCUGCCAGUGAGCAGCCUGGUGGUCAGGGUAGUGGGCCGCCCCUCCCGCGUCAACCUUUGUAUCUUCGACGAAGGGCUGGGAAGAAUGAGAAAGAUGGAGAGAGUGUGAGAAGGGAUAGCGAAGGGCUCCUACGCCUUGUGAGGUCACACAGUGAGCCAGGCCUCGGCUCCUCUACUGAUACAGUUGACUUUGGCUCAGGGGGCAGCAAGGCAUCUACAGACACAGGUCCAUCCUCUGAGGCUUUUCUGUUGCCCCGCACUCUGCCUCCUGCUGCAGCUUUGCCAAGGAAAGAAAGCAUGAAAUCAACUGCAACAGGGGUGCAGGUUCCCUCCAAACCACCCACCUCCCCACUGCGUUUACCAAAAGAUUGCCACCGUUCCCUUGGGGACCUUAAGGUGACUCGUGUUCUGAUGGCUCGCUUCCUGCAGCGCUCUAAACGCAACCUUGCACCCUCCUCCGAGCAUGUUGGUAGCACAGGGCAGGGGCCUAAGAGGAGAAAUGGAGCUGAGGGUGCUGCCACUAACCACCUGCCCUUGGAACAAGUUCUGCGGACCCCUUGGAGUACCAGCCGAGGACACCCCAACCAUCAUUCCCAUCACCCUCAUCACCGUGGACACCAUCAUUCCCAUAGUGACAGUCGACACAACCGGCAUCACAGCAGCCGAGCCCCAGAAGGGAUCCACCUGCGCAGCUGUGGAGAUUUAAGCUCCUCUUCCUCAGUGUCGCUACUGCGAUUAGUGACGCCUCAUCUACCACAUGGGUCAUCAGGAGCUCUCUACUCAGAGUCUGCACUGUAA